GUGUCUGGAUGCCAAUGAAGAGCCACUCUCUCCUCACUCUCUCCUUCCCUCUAUCUGACCGCACUUCUGUUGCCAGCUGGCUCCCACUUCUUCUGCUCUCACUGACCAACGGUCAGGCCAUUCUACCCUCCUCAUCCUCUGGACGCAUGUGAUCGAAGCGCCGGAGGGGGAAUAGGACAUGGCUCUGACACUGGCCCGUGAUGAUGUAAAGACGGCCGCUCAUCCAGACAGUGAAGUCUGAACUUUGGAAAUAGUCAGAGUUCCCCUCAACACACUCCUACGGAAGAUGAUGAGCCAGGAUGAGUCAAAAUCACGCCCAAUGCAGGAGCUGCGGGAGAAGCUGCAGCCGGAGGUGGCCGAGCUGAUCAAACAGCAGAGACUGAACCGGCUGUGUGAAGGCACCUGCUUCAGAAAGAUCAGCACCCGCCGCAGACAAGAUAAAUUUUGGUAUUGUCGUCUGUCGCCAAACCACAAAGUACUGCACUACGGGGAUGUGGAGGAGUUCUUACAAGGGCAGAUACCCCAUGACUCUCUACCGGAGAAAUUAGCAGUAGCAGAUAUCAAGGCGCUGAUAACUGGGAAAGACUGCCCUCAUAUAAAGGAGAAAGGAGCGCUAAAGCAGAAUAAGGAGAUGCCAGAGCUGGCUUUCUCUGUCCUAUAUGAAUCAGACGAAUAUUUGAAUUUCAUCGCUCCUGACAAGCAUGAGUACUGCGUCUGGACUGACGGCUUGAACGCGCUAUUGGGGAAAGAGAUGACGAGCGAUCUCACCAAGUCAGACAUGGACACUCUGGUUACGAUGGAGAUAAAGCUCCGCCUACUGGACCUUGAGAACAUUCAGGUUCCUGAAGUCCCUCCUCCCAUCCCCAAAGAGCCAAGUAAUUAUGACUUUGUUUACGACUACACCCAGCACACCCAGCAGCAGACUUGAGAGUGGGCUAAAGGGUUUCUGUAGCAUUUCUCUUUAUUCUCUAUGAAA